AAGCAAAAGGUUACUGUUUCGAUGCAAAAACAUGUUACUAAGUAUAUUUAACCAUUCAUAAUUCAUUAUUCUUGUCAAUCAUGUUUACAAUGGUUAAUAAAAGCUUGUGUUUUUGCUUCCUAAACCGUAAGAGCAGCAAAGCUAAGCAAGAAGGAUCAUCUUCACAUUCAAAAUCAAGUCACAGAAGUAAGGGUAUCAACAACACCACGUCAGCCAACAGUUAUGAUAGUAACCACGCCGGAGCCACCACCAAUCCAGGUGGCAACGAUGCGGGAGCAGCAGCAGUAGCGGUCAUUGCCACGUCACAUAUAGCUGACAUGGAUGGUAGUUCCCAUGGCGGUGGUGGUGGCGGUGGAGGCGACAGUGGUGGCGGAGGAGGAGAAUGAAUUGAAGUGAUCAAUUUAUUUCAGCUUAUUUGGAUUGAUUUUUUUGUGGUUUGAUUUGGGUGAAUUAAUGUGUGAUGGUUGUUGUGUGUGGCAGUCCAACGUUCAGUUGUGGUUGUAUCAGUUGCUUUAGCAAGUGAGAGAUGAAUUGUAUGUGCCAUUUUGGAUUCGGAAGGGAUAGGUCUUUUGGGCAUUUUAAUAUUAUUUAAUCGACAGUGUCUCAUUUUCUUCCUUUGAUCAUGUCAUUCACGUUGGUAGCAUUAAGAAGCAAUAAAUGGUCUGUUUUUUACCCUCA